CUGCCAUUUAAAGCGGAGAAAGGUACUAAAUUAGUUCCUUGUUAAGUUCAGUUAUUGUAUUUUUCAUCGAUAUGUUUUUAAAAUGCUAUUCUUUAGUGUUUUGUUCUUGUGUUUCUCUUGUUUAACCUGAGGAGUUAAUGUUUUGUUUUGCUAACAACAUGGCACGAGAAUAUGACCAUUUAUUUAAAUUAUUGAUUAUUGGUGAUAGCGGUGUUGGGAAAAGUUCCCUUUUACUUCGGUUUGCUGAUAACACAUUUACUGGAAAUUAUAUUACUACUAUUGGAGUUGAUUUCAAGAUUCGUACUAUUGAAUUAAAUGGUGAAAGAGUCAAGCUCCAGAUAUGGGAUACUGCAGGACAGGAACGAUUUCGAACAAUCACCUCAACUUAUUAUCGAGGCACUCAUGGUGUGAUAGUAGUUUAUGAUGUUACCAGUGGAGAAUCGUUUGCUAAUGUAAAAAGAUGGCUUCAUGAAAUCGAACAAAAUUGCGAAGUAGUAAAUCGCGUUCUUGUUGGAAAUAAAAAUGAUGCUCCAGAUAGUAAAGUUGUUUUAACAGAAGAUGCUCAAAGAUUUGCUGAUCAAAUGUCUAUUCAGCUCUUUGAAACAAGUGCUAAGGAAAAUGUUAAUGUUGAAGAGAUGUUUUUGGCGAUAACCAAGCAGGUGUUACGAUCAAAAAAAGAAAGGAAGGAAAGGCAGGGUAUUCCAAACAGUGACACUGUAAAUUUAAGAAAACCAAACAAAAGCAAAAGGAAAUUCUGUUAGCGAAAUGCUUAAACAUUUCAUAGAACAUUCCAUUACGUGCAUACUAGGAUGAUCUGUGACUUUUGUGCCAUAUCUAAAAAAAAUUGGUCCAAUUUAGAAAAGCAGUAGACAACAGAUGAACGGAUUUCUUUUAUUUUGUUCUAUUUUUG